AUGUUGAAUGAACGGCGGCCUCAGGUGCAUUUACCCGUGACGGAGGCUCGCGCCGCAAUUGUCCGCAUGAUUCGCCGCCAUAAUGCCGUUGUUAUUGUAGGUGAGACGGGUUCAGGAAAGACAACACAAAUUCCGCAAUAUGUGUGGGAUGAUAUCGUCUCAAAGGGGGACGGAGGCAUUGUUGGAUGCACGCAACCACGUCGUGUGGCUGCUGUGAGUAUCGCGCGGCACGUCGCACAGCAAAGGGGUGGUAAAGUCGGCGGUGAGGUGGCUUAUGCCGUACGAUUUGAUGACACAUGCACAAAAAAUACGAAGAUAAAGUUCAUGACGGACGGUAUUCUUUUGCGAGAGAUCCAGACGGAUCCUGAUUUGACGCAUUAUCGCUGUUUGAUUCUUGAUGAGGCACACGAACGAACGCUGCACGGUGAUGUACUUUUCGGUCUUCUUAAAGACAUUGCCAGACGCAGGAAGAACACACUAUCCAUUGUCAUAAUGUCCGCAACGCUCAACGAGGAGCACUUCUCAAAAUUUUGGUGGGAUGCGCCGGUUGGCGUGAUUCACGGCAGGACUUUUCCGGUAACUAUUUAUCACACAGUUGAGCCGCAGGCCGAUUAUGUGGAGGCAGCUGUGAGUGCCCUUCUACAGAUUCACCAACGGGAGGAACCAGGUGAUGUUUUGUGUUUCCUUACAGGGAGGGAGGAAAUUGAAGAUGCUAAACGGAUGCUCGAGCAGCGCAUGAAGUUGCUCCCAAAUGACAUAGGAGAUUUUGUUGUUCUUCCGCUUUACUCUGCGAUGCCGUACGAGCAGCAAUUGGUUGUGUUUGACCCUGCUCCACCCGGGAAGCGUAAGAUAAUUAUUGCGACAAACAUUGCUGAAACUUCUAUUACCGUGGAAGGCAUAAAGUACGUGGUGGACAGCGGUGUGGUGAAAGCGAAGCACUACAAUUCAAAGACAGGAAUGGAAGUGUUGGCAGAAGUUGAUGUUAGCAGGGCUCAGGCGACACAACGUGCAGGACGGGCAGGGCGCGUGGCGGCAGGGAAGUGUUUUCGUCUGUACACCGCUCAGGCCUUUGAAUCGCUGCACGAGAACACGGUGCCGGAAAUACAGCGGUGCUCGCUAAUUAGCGUAGUGCUGCAGAUGAAGAGCCUCAACAUUGAUCGUAUUGCUGACUUUGAGUUCAUGGAUGCACCGAACCCGCACGCGUUAACAAAGGCGGAGGAAACACUGAUGCUGCUGAACGCUCUGGAUAGCGAAGGGUGCGUUACGCCGCUGGGAAAGCGGCUGACCGACUUCCCCAUUGAGCCAGCAGCAGCUAUGGUGCUAUUGGCAGGAAAGGCUUUAGGUGUCGAGCGUGAAGCAGUUAUUGCUAUUGCGAUGACAAGCACCGAAAACUUGUUUGUUACAUCCCGUGACAUGAAAGAAAGGGCUGACAGGUGCAAAGGGGCCUUUGCGAAGUCCGCAGGAGAUCACGCAACUCUGGUUAGCAUCUACCAGGCGUUUAAACAUUCACCAAAGGAUCAGCGAAAGUUAUGGUGCGAGACAAACGCCAUCAGCUAUCGCCAAAUGCUAAAAGUUCAAGAUGUUAUUACGCAGCUUAUGGCUAUACUUGCUGAGGGUGAUGACGAGGAAUUGUUAGCUACUUUAGUGCCCAAGUCAGUUCGGCAAGCGCUGUCCCAUAAGGCGACGGACGAGAGUUGUGCCGUCGUCAGUGGGAGUAAUGACGACAACACCGUGACGAACGGUUAUGACCACCAGUGGGAGCCUGGUGCGAAUGGAAGGUCUAGUGGACUAAAGUUUCGUGAUUUUGAGCUUCUUCGUCGCGCGCUUUGUUGCGGUUAUUUUCUUAAUGUAGCCUUUUACAAUGCAAAAAUUGGCAACUUCCAAACCGUAGUGGGACAGCAGGUGGUGCACAUCCACCCCUCAUCGGUGCUAUUCACGUUGCGAAGAAAGCCAGCAUUAGUACUAUUCAACAGCGUUGUGCGUACAACAAGACGAUAUAUGCAAAACGUUUCCGUUGUGCAGGAGGCCUGGCUUCGUGAAACAUCGUCUUUCUCACGUAUGAUGUUGUAA